CAGGGGGCGGCAUGUAAAAAAGCAAGGGCAGGCAGAGGGAGAGAGUGCAGCGAGGAUAGGAGAGAGGGAACUGUGUUGACAGAAAGAGAGAGAGAGAGCGCGAGAGAGAGACAGAGCAGAGGAAAAGAGGAACAGGAACUGAGGCUAUGCAGAGAGAGAGAUAGAGAGAGAAGGGGGAGAAUCGAGAUGAAUAGUCAUUAGAUGACAUUUCUCAGAAUCCAUUUGAGAGAUGGACGGUAUGAUUGCGGGUUCUGAUACAGGGCUGAACAGGCAUCCGUCGGCGGGGGAGAAAAGAAGAGAAAAGGCAAGGCUGACAUCAUCAUCCUGUCAAGAAAUUACACGCUGAGGGACAGGGAGGUGCACUGAGGAGGGGAGAAAAAAGCUACCCGAAAGAAACAGAUCAGCAGAAGGGAGAAAAGAGAGAGGGACAGAGGGAGUGAGGGAAAGAAAGAAUAUCAGGGGUAGGCAGUGAGAGAGGAGAGGAGAGGAGAAGAAACGAGAAGAGGAGAGAGAACAGGAGAAAUAGAAAAUAGAGGAGAGUAGAAGAAAAGAAGAGAGAGGAGAGGAAUAAGAGAGGCAACACGACUACACAACACAAUGAGGACAGCCAAGAAAGGCAGCGUGGAGAUGCCUGCCUUCGUGCGGCACCUGGUGAAAGAGACCGAGAAACGAGUCAGCUCCUUCUUCAAAGGGGGCCGCAGCGGCGGAGGAGUCGGGGGCAGCGGCAGCGGCGAGCAGGCCGAGGGCGAGGAGGGCCAGGAGGAGGAGGGAGGAGGAGGAGGCCUGGUCAUCCCGAGCCCGUACCUGGAGAGGCCCGUGCUGGACAAGCUCCUGGAGGAGGGCUGCGGCCCCUGGGGCGUCACCUUCGCCUGCGCCUGCAUGCAGGGCUGGCGGGCCACCAUGGAGGACUUCCACAACUGCUACCCGCAGCUGGGCGGCCGGCUCUCGGACUGGGGCUUCUUCGCCGUGUUCGACGGGCACGCCGGCAGCGCCGUGGCUGAGCACUGCUCCAGGAACCUGCUGGAGCACAUCCUGGCAACGGGCGCCAUCGACCCGGAGGAGGAGGACAUGGAGCGUGUGACAGAUGGCAUCAAGGACGGCUUCCUGGCCAUGGACAAGCACUUGCACGGGGUGGCGGUGCGCGAGGGCUGGGAGCGGGGCGGCACCACCGUGUGCUCCACCAUGCUCACACCGCGCUGCAUGUACUUCGGCAACCUGGGCGACUCGCGCGCCCUGCUCUGCCGCGCCGGCCGCGUGGCCUUCUCCACGGCCGACCACAAGCCCUACAGCCCGGCCGAGAAGGAGCGCAUCGAGCGGGCGGGCGGCUCGGUGACGCUGCAGCGCGUCAACGGCUCGCUGGCCGUGUCGCGGGCCCUGGGGGAUUUCAGCUACAAGAACGUGGAGUGGCGCUCGCCGUGCGAGCAGAUGGUGUCGCCGGAGCCGGAGGUGACGGUGGUGGAGCGCUCGCCGCUGGACGAGUUCCUGCUGCUGGCCUGCGACGGCGUGUGGGACGCCAUCAGCAACGACGAGCUGUGCCAAUUUGUCAGCAGUCGCCUGCGCGUCUGCACCGACCUGCGGGAGGUCUGCUCGCACAUCAUUGACCUCUGCCUCUACAAGGGCAGCCUAGACAACAUCAGUGUGAUCCUGGUGUGCUUCCCCGCCGCCCCUCAGCUGUCUCCAGAGGCCCUACACCAUGAGGCCGAGUUGGAGGAUCUGCUAGAGUCUAAAGUGGCAGACAUCUUCGAGGAGCUGAGUGGCAGAGGAGAGGACCCUGACCUGCUGUCUGUCCUCACAGUGCUGGCCUCAACAGUGAUCCCCGGACUGCCACCAGGGGGCGGCCUGCAAAGCAAGCGCAACUGCAUAAUAUCUGCUUAUUACCAGCAAAAGGAAGCACGGAAGCUGAGGCUAUCUCAGGACACUGCUGGCUCAGAAGACUCCUUCUAACUAAUCAUGUCUUUGUUGUGGAAUGUCAAAGGACUAUCCAAUACCAUGUUAGAAUCCCACAUGAACCUGCUGAAAGAAACAAGAGGAUUCAUUAUUUGCACAAGAAUUUCUCAAAUGUCACAUGGAAAUGUGAUAAUUGACCUGGAAGUGACUGUCUUUUUACUGUCUUUUUAUUUUCUCUUUUUACUUUCAUUCUUUGUUUUUAAUUUAUUUACAUAAUGUAUUCAACAGGUUUUUUGGGUGAAAAUAAAAACCUUUGUACAGUCAACGUACCACAUUCGUGAACUGUGUGGUACAAUCUAAUGUUCGAUUAGACACAAAGAAUCGGAAUCUCAACUCACUCCCAGAUCAGUGCCAGUUCUGGGCCGGAUGGAUUCCGAUUCCGGCAUGGCCCGUAUUCCUAUGCGCCAACAAGAUGCAACACAUGCCAUAUGGAUGAAAGACAGAGCUGAAUGGCUUCAGUAUUUAAUACAGUGUUCCCCUUGUUAGUUCACAGUCAAACUAUAAGAUCUGUACUUGUAAUGUACUUAAUAUGAAAGCUUAAAAUCUUUUGUGAGACUUUUCUCCCUUGAUACUGUAAUGUGUCAUGUUGUCAAAGAGAGUAGACUGUUCAAGUGAAGUUCACUGUAACGUAAACCCCUUGGUAAAUGUCAAAGGAACUACCAUAUUUCUGUGACUUUGUUCAAGGCAUGGUCUUGUUUCAGUUCUUUAGUUAAGAGGCAGUGCCAUCGCCUUCAACCUUCAGUGCUCAUCUGGCCGUUGUCAAUACAUUAAUUUCAAUGCGCAAUGUAAUACAAAUGUAAUUCUUCCUUGAUGUUAAACUUUAUGAUUAUAUAGUUGGCAUUUCUUCAUGAUUUCUUCCAGUCUGCAUGACGUAUACUAAUGAUCUCUAUGAAGUUUUGGUUACAGACGUGGUGGGUAUAGAGACAUUUAUAUUAUUGUCUUUAACAUGAGCCAUGGCAAUUAAUGCAUUGUUACAAAGUGUGAAAUAUGUUUCAUGUACAUUGUUACAUAUCUUGUAUUCAGAUGACAUUGUUCAGAAUCAGUGAUUUAGGAUGACAUAAAAAUCAAAAUGGCAAAAAUG